UAUAUCGAAUUGCUUUCUGAAUUAAUUCAAAUAAAAUAUCAAAUUAUGUUUUAGUUUGAAUCAAAUCCUAACAUAUUUUGUAAUUAGGGAAAGGAAAGAUUUUGUUUUUAAGGGGAAACAUGCCAUCAAAAAUUACGAGGAAGCAUAGCAACAUGAAAAACCAACAAAAGCAACAGUAACGUGAAAAUAUGUAUUUGCCGAUAAUUCGUGAAAUCGCACAUCUAUCAUAAUUUUUGGAGUAAUGAUUAUUAUAAUAUUUUUUCGUAAUUUCUUAAGUUUUUAUAAAAAUACUUCCAAAGCAAUUAAUUUUUGUCUAAUGUGCAUAUUUUAUAUACAGUUAAUGACUUCAAUAAUAUAUGACUAUACGGUGAAAUGUACAAAGCGAAAUCAGUAAUUAAAGUUUGAAUAAUUAAAAAAGUUUCAAGUGCAUAAUUAUGUUGGAUAGCGACUAUUUUCCAUAUUUUUGGGGUGUUCAUCUCAAAAGAUAAUAAAUAAUUAAGGCAACAAUAGUCGCAUCAAUUCAUUUAUUGUUUUAGAAUAUAAAUCACAUAGUGAAUUAAUAUAAACAAAAUUACAAAUCUUCCAUAAAAUGUAAUGCUCCCGUCGAAGUGGACAGUCGCUUUUAUUCCAGGCAAAGAAUUUCAGGAAUGUAUCAACGCAUAAGGAGACUUCGAAAAGUUCCGCAACUGAUUUUAUAGUAUCCGCUAAUUUGUUUAACCGCGUGAAAUCAGCUGACGCUUUAAAUUUAAUGAAAGACAUGAAGUGCUGAUAAAAGUUAUUUUAAGACUUUAAAACUGGCUCAUUUCUAUUAGAUUCUGUAAAGGAGAAUAGGCAAGAAUUCCAAUGUGCAUCAUUGGAAAAUACUUUGUAUGUUAAUGGUCAAAAUAAGCAUUGUAAACUUUUGUUUCGACUAAAAAUUAUAUUUGAGGUGCGAUAAAGAGAUCAUGACAUAAGAGGAAACUCAUACAAAAAUUUGCUAAACAAAUAACUUGCAUGUCAACAUUUUGCAGCAACAAUUUGAUAAAUAAUCAUAACAAAACAAACAUCUAUAUAUAUAUAUAUCAUGAAACACGACGUAGAUCUCGAAAAAGUUGCACAAGAAUUUGUGUGCAAUCUACUCGUAAAAGCUGUUACAGUUCAGAAACACAAGAUGAGAAAUCGAAAGUAAUGGCUAAUGUAUUCGCGCCCACGUUACGAUUAACUACCCCACUUACAGUCUAUGCGCCAUUAAGGAUAACGAUAAUUCGUAUAGAAUAUAUAACUAAAAUGUCAACAUAUUCAUCGGCACCACGACGAUAUAAUAAAACGUUGACAAUCUUUUUGCCAUGUACAUCUACAACAGAGAUGAAGUUUUCAUAUACUUCAAUGAUAUCACGAAAUUCCUGCCUCAAUGUAUUCAGAACUUAUUUAACGCAUACAUUAGAAAUAUAUAUGAGGACUUCAUUACGCUUCAUAUUAAUGUUGUUAUUAUCGCUACAGUGGGGCUUUUGUUCAGGUGAUCAAGUUAUAUUGUUGGAUACUACCCGCGAAGCUACGUUAGAAUGGACACGCUAUCCAUAUGGCCCGCAAGCUCAGACUCCAGGGUGGGUGGAAGAAAGCUUCACUGAUUUCGUCAAAGGUAUCAAUUGGCGUAGUUAUGUAGUAUGUGAUGUCGCUUAUCAUAACGUUAAUAAUUGGCUCUGGUCCCCUUUCAUUGAUCGUGGCCCAGCAAAUCGUCUAUACAUUGAAAUUCAAUUCACAAUAAGAGAUUGCUCAUUAUUUCCAGGUAAUGCAUUAUCUUGUAAAGAAACUUUUAGUUUGUUGUAUUAUGAGUUCGAUGCCGCGACCAGAGAACCCCCGCCAUGGCAAACAGACAGUUACAAACUCAUUGCACGCAUUGCUGCUGGGGAGGGUCGAUUUAAUCAGAAUUCUGAUGUGGACAUUAACACUGAAGUUAAAAGCAUAGCUGUCACGAAAAAAGGGGUAUAUUUUGCAUUUCGUGAUCAAGGAGCUUGCAUAAGUGUUUUGGCUGUGAAAGUUUAUUACAUCACUUGUCCAGCUGUCACUGAAAAUUUCGCACAUUUCAAUGAAACUCCAACAGGUCGUGAAAUUACUAUAAUAGAAAAACAAAACGGAACUUGCAUUGAAAAUGCGGAACCUUACGAAUCACCAACUUAUUUAUGCAAAGGUGAUGGCAAAUGGACAAUUCUUACUGGGGGAUGUCGUUGCAAAGCUGGAUAUGAACCCGAUAAUGUGAAUAAAACAUGCAAUGAAUGUCCAAUUGGUUCUUUUCGCUCAGCGGAAGUCAGUAAAUGUGUACCUUGCCCACCGAACUCAAACGCUUCAAAAACUGCCUCUGGGAUCUGCAACUGCUUACCUGGAUUUUAUAGACAUCCAAGUGACGGAAAGCUGACGCCAUGUUAUAAACCACCUGGGCCACCCACCAAUCUUACGUUAUUAUUUGUCGAUCACAUAAGCGCUAUACUUUCCUGGAAUUCGCCGAUUCGUGACCAUACGGAAAGCAUUUCACAUCACACUCGCACUAAAUAUAUAACUAACUUAGUUUACAAGGUUGUUUGCUCUUCGUGUUCACAAAACGUAGUGUUCACGCCAUCUAGUGACACAUUCAAUGAUACGAAGUUAACGCUGACUAAUUUAGAACCUAUUACUACUUAUAUUUUACAAAUUCACUCAAUGAAUGGCGUAUCGCGUAUAAUAGGUAAUAAUACCACGUCGGAUGAUGAAGAAUCUCAACGAUUAGAGACCGUAUCAAGCCCUGUAGAUGGUUUAGAUAGUGAGACUGCAGUAAGUGGAAAUAAGGAGGGAUUUGAAAACAUGCGAGUCUCUACAAACCUUGCCCACAAUAAACCGAUUGACUUAAGUCAAAUAAAAACAGAACAUGCUGAAAUUACAUUUACAACAACUGAGUCGGCAAUAUUAUCGACUGUGGGUAAUGUUCAUAUUGUUUCUACGACUAAUAAUGAAGUCGACCUUGCUUGGGAUAAACCCGCUCAAAGUGAUUCUUCAAUAGAAUUUUAUGAAGUUAGAUGGUUUCCAAAGCCGGAAUUCGACGCCAUAAAUAAGACAGCCUUGAAUACAAAAGAAACAAAAGCUCACAUCGAAAAUCUCCUUGAAGAUACAGAAUAUGGAUUUCAAGUUCGUUAUAAAACUUUAAAUGGUUAUGGAACUUAUAGCAACAUUGUUUACGCUCACACUCAGCAGAGCAUUAGAUCAGUAUAUGAAGAUUCCGUUCAAAUGCGUAUUGUCGCCGGCGCCACAGUCGCAGUAGUGAUUAUACUUGUGUUAGUGAUUGUAGUCACGGUGUGGUUUUUACGCACUAAAAAUCAAGAUGAUUCCGAUAAAAAAUCAAGCAAUCACUUGCCUCUUCCUCUGGAUUAUGCAAGUAAUGAAGUUCAUGCCAUGGAUACCACGCCCAUCGUUAAAACAAUUCAUUCAAAGGUGACUACACCAUUGUUUGGGAAUAGUAGAUGCUACGUAGAUCCUCACACCUACGAAGACCCCAACCAAGCCAUACGUGAAUUUGCUCGCGAAAUUGAUGCUAACUAUAUAACCAUAGAAGCAAUUAUUGGAGGUGGUGAGUUCGGUGAUGUUUGCCGCGGCCGUUUAAAAAUACCUCCAAAUUUUGUACAGGAUAUCGAUGUUGCCAUUAAAACUUUGAAACCCGGUUCUUCCGAAAAAGCAAAAUGUGACUUUUUAACAGAGGCUUCGAUUAUGGGACAGUUCGAUCAUCCAAACGUCAUUUAUUUGCAAGGCGUAGUUACUCGUUCAAAUCCUGUUAUGAUUAUAACUGAAUAUAUGGAAAAUGGAAGCUUAGACACAUUUCUGCGCGUUAACGAUGGAAAAUUUCAAACUUUACAACUAAUUGUUAUGCUGCGUGGCAUAGCGAGCGGAAUGGCAUAUUUAAGUGACAUGAAUUAUGUGCAUCGGGAUUUGGCAGCUCGUAAUGUUCUCGUUAACGCUCAACUAAUAUGUAAGAUAGCCGAUUUUGGUCUGUCGAGAGAAAUUGAAAAUGCCAGCGAUGCAUAUACUACAAGGGGCGGCAAAAUACCGGUGCGCUGGACUGCUCCAGAAGCAAUCGCUUUUAGAAAAUUUACCUCAGCCUCGGACGUAUGGUCAUAUGGUGUGGUUCUUUGGGAAGUUAUGUCUUAUGGAGAACGACCUUACUGGAAUUGGUCAAAUCAGGAUGUAAUUAAGAGUAUUGAGAAAGGCUAUCGACUACCAGCACCCAUGGAUUGUCCGGAAGCCUUAUAUCAGCUGAUGUUAGAUUGUUGGCAAAAGCAAAGAACUCACAGACCAACGUUUUCAAGUAUUGUUUCCACACUGGAUAAUUUAGCUAGACAACCCCAAGCAUUGCUGACAACCCGAAGCUCUCCCGAAAAUGAUGGUGCACAUAUAAUGGACGGGCAAAGGGGUCACAAUAUAUUUAUCAGUACAGAUUUGUGGUUGGAAAAUAUUAAGAUGUCUCGAUAUUCUCAACACUUUAAAGAGGCUAAUUUGGUCACUGCGCAACAGAUCUCCAGAUUAACAGCUCAACAACUAUCUGAUAUGGGUAUUACUUUAGUAGGACAUCAAAAGAAGAUAUUACAUCAAGCUCGACAAUUAGACACCAUAAUUUAAAGUUGAUUUGCAACAAAAUAUCAAUUGUUAUUUACCUGUAUAUACGUAAAGUUAUCUUGCUUUUAAAGGGCGCAAUUAAUAUUCCGAUGUUAGACAGGAAUAGCAAAGUUCAAAAAGCGUGCCGAUAGUCGCACGAUUGGAUACACACCAAAUAUUGAACGCAAAAAGCAUUUUUGAGAUUAUCGAAGUUUUUUACAUAUUCUUCUAAUCUACGCUGUUUGCUAACAGUAUAGAACUUUAAAGUAGCAUUAAGCUAUUCGUAAUUAAGAUAAUAUUAAGAUAAUACUGACAAAAAACGAAUUUUUGCUCUUUUGAUAUUAAGGUAACUUUAUAUAAAUAUAUUUAUUAAAAUAAUAACAUUCAAAAAUUGACAUAACGAGCAAAGUUAUUAAAUGAAAUAUAUGCACACACAUAUACGAAUAUAUGGGGUAAAAAGAAUAAAAUACACUCAUUCGUGCCAGAUAUUGUCAAAGUUUACAAAAGCAAAAAAAGUCAGAUUCGUGAUUUAAGAUAUAUUCAAAAUGAUUCAUUAGGGACUUGUAAAUUCUCACUCAAUUAUAAUAAUUUAUCACCCUUCACAAAACAUAACUUUUCAAUCCAAAACUGGAAGGUAACGUGUAAACAAACUUGAUCAAUUUAUGUAGCAAAAGAAAAAAAAAGCGGCUAAUACCAAAUAAAAACAACGGUACAAGGAAAAGUUGAAUAAGCGCAAGGUACACGUUCAUUUUGCAGUUGAGUGUAGUAGAAUAAAUACCUUUUAAAAAACAGAAGGCAAAUUUCAUUUCAAAUUUUUUUUGUGAAAC